CACAAGGCGCGCGCGAGCAGCAGACCACGCUCGCUUACACAGCGCGCGGCGGCGGAGAAAGGGUUAAAUGUGUGUAAAUGACAUGUUGAAGAGGGAGGAAAAAAAAAAGCUGGGCUCCACUGGCUCGGUUAUUUGCUGCAGGUUCACGCCAUCAGUAAAUUAGGACAUGGAUUGCGGUCGCGCGAGCGGCUCGAGGAGCGCGAAUGGACUGAACGCGGUCGCGUGAAUGAGAUAAAAAAGGCGCGCUUCGUAGCGCUUUUCUGUUUGUCCCACGCAGGCACGUCGAUCGCUCGGGCCACGGUCUCGCUCUCUGCGCGGAAGGACGCGGCCAGCGCUCACUACACAGCCACUCCGCGAAAUGGUCACGUCUAUUCUGGGCUUUCUUAUUCUGCCAAUAUGUCUUCAGCAGUUCGCCUAUGUGUGGGGAUCCCAGGCAGAAUGUGAUCCCUCUCAGUUCCAGUGCGGAAAUGGCCGCUGUAUUCCCUCAGUGUGGCAAUGUGAUGGCGAUGAAGACUGUUCUGAUGGUAGUGAUGAGAGCACCUGCGUGAGGAAGACCUGCGCAGAGGUGGACUUCGUGUGCCGCAAUGGCCAGUGUGUUCCCAAGAGAUGGCACUGUGAUGGCGAGCCUGACUGUGAAGAUGGGUCCGAUGAGAGCCCUGACGUCUGCCACACACGGACCUGUCGAGUGAAUGAGUUCAGCUGCGGGGCAGGCACGACCCAGUGCAUCCCAGUGUUCUGGAAAUGUGAUGGAGAGAAGGACUGUGAUAAUGGGGAGGAUGAAGCUAACUGUGGCAACAUCACCUGCGCCCCCCUGGAGUUCACCUGUGCAAGUGGCCGCUGUGUGUCUCAGAACUUUGUGUGCAACGGUGAGGACGACUGCGGCGAUGGCAGCGACGAGAUGGACUGUGCGCCUUCAUCCUGCGGCCCCAGCCAGUUCCAGUGUGGCAAUGCCACCUGUAUACCUGACAGCUGGGUAUGUGACAAUGACGUGGACUGCCAGGACCAGUCGGAUGAGUCUCCACAGCGCUGUGGCCGCAACCCCACGCCACCUGCCAAGUGCUCCUCGAGUGAGAUACGCUGCAGCUCAGGUGAAUGCAUCCACCGCAAGUGGCGCUGCGACGGUGAUGCAGACUGCAAGGAUGGCAGCGACGAGGCGAACUGCCCUGUCCGGAGCUGCAGACCAGACCAGUUUAAGUGUGAUGAUGGCAGCUGCAUCCAUGGCAGCCGGCAGUGCAAUGGGUUGCGUGACUGCUCGGAUGGGAGCGAUGAGCUGAAUUGCAAAAACAUGACUCAGUGCAGCAGCCCAGAUAAAUUCAAGUGCCGUAGUGGGGAGUGCAUUGAGAUGAGCAAGGUGUGCAACAAGGUUCGGGACUGCUCAGACUGGAGCGAUGAGCCCCUCAAGGAGUGCAAUGUGAACGAAUGCCUUCAAAACAAUGGUGGCUGCUCCCACAUCUGUCAAGACAAUGUGAUUGGCUAUGAAUGUGACUGCACUCCAGGCCUGCAGCUAAUAGACCGCAAGACCUGUGGUGAUAUUAACGAGUGCCUAAACCCUGGGAUCUGUAGCCAGAUCUGUAUCAACUUGAAGGGGGGUUACAAGUGUGAGUGUCACAAUGGAUACCAGAUGGACUCUUCCACAGGCGUGUGCAAGGCUGUAGGCAAGGAGCCAUGCCUGAUCUUCACAAACCGGCGUGACAUCCGAAAGCUGACACUAGAGCGGAGGGAGUACACCCAGAUUGUGGAGCAGCUGCGCAACACUGUGGCCCUAGAUGCAGAUUUCUCCCAGCAGAUGAUUUUCUGGGCUGACCUAGGACAAAAGGCAAUCUUCAGCACAUCACUUGAGAAGCGGGAUGGGAGCACGAUCACGAAAGUAAUUGACAACGUGCACACUCCUGUCGGGAUUGCAGUGGACUGGAUUUACAAGAACAUUUACUGGUCAGACCUGGGUACCAAGACCAUCUCUGUGGCUAACUUUAAUGGCACCAAGAGCAAGGUUUUGUUCAGCAGUGGACUGAAAGAGCCAGCCUCCAUUGCUGUGGAUCCACUCUCUGGGUUUCUGUAUUGGUCAGACUGGGGUGAGCCAGCCAAGAUUGAGAAGUCAGGCAUGAAUGGUGUAGACCGGCAAGUUCUGGUUGAUACUGAUAUUCAGUGGCCUAAUGGGAUCACUUUAGACCUCAUUAAGAGCAGGCUCUACUGGGUUGACUCCAAGCUACACAUGCUUUGUAGUGUUGAUCUAAAUGGGGACAACCGGCGGAAAGUGCUCCAGUCUCCUGACUAUCUUGCACAUCCCUUUGCUCUUACGGUCUUUGAGGAUCGAGUGUUCUGGACAGAUGGGGAGAAUGAGGCGAUCUACGGUGCCAACAAAUUCACAGGAUCAGAUGUGGUUAUGCUCGCCAGCAACCUGAAUGAGCCGCAGGACAUCAUUGUUUACCAUGAGCUCAUCCAGCUAUCUGGAACCAACUGGUGCAGUGACAAAGGGGCCAAUGGGGGCUGUGCCUUCAUGUGUUUACCAGCACCACAGAUCAACAAGCACUCACCAAAGUACACAUGUGUCUGUCCAGGAGGGAUGGAGCUUGCUGCAGAUGGCUUCAGUUGCAGACCAGCCACCAUUUCUGCACACCCAGGGGAUGGGAAGGUACUAGUACACCCCACUCAUGCUUCAGAAGGGAAUGUGAGCACCUCUAUCCAUGAGGUGAAUUCCUCAGCCAAAGGAUCAGCUGCUGCCUGGGCCAUCCUCCCAGUCUUACUACUGGCCAUGGCAGCUGCAGGAGGGUACUUGAUGUGGCGCAACUGGCAGCUGAAGAACAAAAAGAGCAUGAACUUUGACAAUCCUGUGUAUCUGAAAACCACUGAGGAGGACCUCAACAUCGACAUCAGUCGACAUAGCUCAUCUGUGGGCCACACCUAUCCUGCUAUAUCAGUUGUGAAUACAGAUGACGAUUUGUAGCCUGGUCCUUGAUGCGACUUCACCUGUUACUGUCUCCUUGGUAUCCAUGCCAACAACUGCUGUUCUGGCAGUGCUACAACCAGAUGCCUUCUGAUGUGCAUUUUUUUUCCUAUUGAGUGUAUGGUUGGGGUAUGUAGGGUCUGGGAUAUUUGUCAUUGUUUAUAUGUAUAAUGCAUUAAGCCCCUAAAACCUGCACUGAGCAUGCCCAAAGCAAGCUGGUUUUUUGGGCAUGAUCUUUCUCCACUUGACCUCACCUUCAGCAGACCAUGAGCUUGGUCCAGUGACCUGGUGUCUCAGAAUACUUGGACCAGACACAAGAUGCAUAUUUUUAGCAUUCAUGAUUUUUUUUUAAAUUAUUCCUUAAAUCUUACCUCUUGAUGCGUGUUCUUAAGAAGCUUCUGUGUAGUGGGGAAGCAGGCUUUAAGGACAGCUGUUAAAAUAUUUGUAAAACCACAAUUGUACAUACCCCAUCUGAAAAAAAAUUGCAAUCAGGACUCUGAAGCACUUUGAUCAAAUGUUACUCUGUAAAUAAGAUUGUAUACAUUUGACUGAAUCAUUUUUUGCAACAGUUGGGCAUAGUACCAGUGUAGAGGAAAAUGUAUUUAAAAAAAAUUUGUUAAUAUUUUGUAUGUUUGUGCUGUUCCUGUGACCUUUUAUAACAUUGUACAGGGGGGUACUAAACUGUGCUGUGAAAGCAAAACAUUUGCAGUCACUUCAAAUAAAAUGAC